UUAUGAAUCUUCUUAUUUCUCAAGUUCAACUUUUUGUUAUGGUGUAUUGACUAGCAUGUCUUGUAUUAGUUGUACGUUGUAGACAUCCUGUCUAGUUGAUACUACCUAACUUAAGUUUUGUUUAUUUUCGUUCUAUUAUGUUUAAAUCGUUACCAUUCGUCCAGUUCGUCGAUUGUAUGUCCUUUUUAAUUUCACUCGUCAAACUAAAGUAGCCAACAGUUGUUUUAAACGACAUGUUAAACGUGUUCUUCCAACGGAAACAAAGUUGAAUUGACUUGACUUCAGAUCCUAAAAGAAAAUUGCACAAAAGAAUCAAGAAAAAGUCUACCCUUCAGAGAACGCAGAUUGUAAUAACUCUGAAGGCGCCGUUGUAAAUGACAAAAUGAGUACCGACACUACAACAGCUAACGCUGCUGCCACAACAGGUGGCGGCGUCAACUUUAUCGUGGGCGAUGAGGACGGUGCCGACCAACCGACCGCCGAGCUUGUCAACGGUGACUUGAUGAGAGCCCUGGAAGAGGAGAAACAUGAAAACACCGAUUCGUUUCCCCAGGGAAACGGUAAGGAAUCUACCAGGAUGGGCAUGGGUGUGUCGGCCAACAACAGCUCCUACAAAGACAUGUUCGGCUUGACUGAGAGGAGGAAAAGAUUGAGGCCUAGUAUGUCACAAGGUACUGUCAUCCAUCAACGACUACAAGAAAAAGAUUUCAGUGUAAGCACACCGGAGGAGUUUGUUAAACGUUUCAAAGGAACGCGUGUCAUAAAUAAGGUUUUGAUCGCCAACAAUGGUAUUGCAGCCGUCAAAUGCAUGCGAUCUGUCCGUCGGUGGUCGUAUGAGAUGUUUAGAAACGAAAGGGCCGUCCGUUUUGUAGUUAUGGUAACACCGGAAGACCUUAAAGCAAAUGCUGAAUACAUCAAGAUGGCUGAUCAUUACGUGCCUGUUCCCGGUGGCACAAACAAUAACAAUUACGCCAACGUAGAACUUAUCGUCAACAUAGCUAUCCGAGCCCAGGUUCAGGCUGUGUGGGCCGGAUGGGGACAUGCAUCAGAAAAUCCAGAGCUCCCCAAGUUAUUGGACAAAAACAAAAUUGCAUUUAUCGGACCGCCCGAAAAAGCUAUGUUUGCUCUUGGUGACAAAAUCGCUUCAAGUAUUGUCGCACAAACUGCAGAAAUUCCCACAUUGCCUUGGUCCGGUUCAAAUGUGGUUGGACAUUAUUCUGGUAAAAAGAUAGAAAUCGGACCAGAAUUGUACAAAAAAGGAUGUGUCGCUAACGUUGACGAAGGUCUGGUAUCAGCCGAUAAAAUAGGAUAUCCAAUUAUGAUAAAAGCUAGUGAGGGUGGUGGUGGAAAAGGUAUUCGUAAAGUAGAAAAUCCUGACGAUUUCCCAGCAGCCUACAAACAGGUGCAAGCUGAAGUCCCCGGGUCGCCAAUUUUCAUAAUGAAAUUAGCUAAGUGUGCCAGGCAUUUAGAAGUGCAACUGUUAGCUGAUCAAUAUGGUAAUGCCAUAUCGUUGUUCGGUCGUGACUGUUCAAUUCAAAGAAGACAUCAAAAAAUCAUUGAAGAAGCUCCUGCAGUUAUAGCAGAACCCAGCGUAUUUGAAGACAUGGAGAGAGCUGCUGUACGUAUUGCUAAAAUGGUCGGUUACGUCAGCGCUGGUACGGUAGAGUACCUGUAUGAUACCGACGGUAAUUAUUUCUUUUUGGAGCUGAACCCUAGGCUGCAAGUCGAACAUCCUUGCACAGAAAUGGUGUCCGACGUGAAUUUACCAGCUGCUCAAUUGCAAAUCUCCAUGGGAUUGCCACUGAACUGCAUUAAAGACAUCAGGUUACUUUACAGUGAAUCCGCUUGGGGUGACAGUUACAUUGACUUUGAUGCACCUAGACACAAGCCUCAUCCAUGGGGUCAUGUCAUUGCCGCUCGUAUUACUAGUGAAAAUCCCGACGAAGGAUUCAAGCCCAGUUCUGGUACCGUACAAGAACUCAACUUCCGUUCAUCGAAGAACGUGUGGGGUUAUUUCAGUGUAGCUGCUUCUGGUGGCUUGCACGAAUUUGCCGAUUCUCAAUUUGGUCAUUGUUUCUCGUGGGGUGAAAACCGAGAACAAGCUAGAGAAAAUCUAGUCAUUGCUUUAAAAGAACUUUCGAUUCGAGGUGACUUCAGAACUACUGUUGAAUAUCUAAUUACUCUUCUCGAAACCGAUUCUUUCCAAGGCAACACUAUCGAUACAGCCUGGUUAGAUGUAUUGAUAGCCGAGCGUGUGCAGUCUGAAAAACCAAAUGUAUUACUUGGUGUUAUUUGUGGUGGACUUCAUAUUGCUGAUCGUAAAAUUUCUGAUGCAUUCCAAAAUUUCCAAACUUCUUUAGAACGUGGUCAGGUUUUAAGCGCUAGCACACUAGAUAACAUUGUAUCCGUUGAAUUGAUUCAUGAAGGAUUCAAGUAUAAAGUUCAAGUCACUAAAUCUGGUUUAAAUUCAUAUUUCUUAAUGAUGAAUGGAUCAUUCAAGGAAAUCGAGGUUCAUCGACUUAGUGAUGGAGGAAUUUUAUUAUCCUUGGAUGGAUCUAGUUUUACUACUUACAUGCGUGAAGAAGUAGACAGGUACAGAAUUGUUAUCGGUAAUCAGACUUGUGUUUUUGAAAAAGAAAAUGAUCCGUCAUUGUUACGUUCUCCAUCUGCCGGAAAAUUGAUAAGCUUCAUUGUCGAAGACGGUGGUCCAGUUAAAAAGGGUCAAGCUUACGCUGAAAUUGAGGUUAUGAAAAUGGUCAUGACAUUGACAGCGACCGAAAAUGGUCGUGUAUUUUACAACAAACGUCCCGGUGCCGUACUUGACGCUGGAUCACUCAUUGCUACUCUUGAACUAGACGACCCAUCUUUGGUCACUAAGGCUGUCGAGUACAAAGGCCAGUUUCCUGAACUUGACGGAACUUCACAUAUUUACAACGAAAAUCUCAAUCAUGUUCAUAACAGCUAUAGAGCGAUGUUAGAUAAUAUUCUCGCUGGUUACUGUCUACCAGAACCUUAUCACCUUUGCCGUUUGAGGGAAGUUAUUGAAAAAUUCAUGAACUCUCUACGGGACCCAAGUUUACCACUAUUGGAGCUACAAGAAGUUAUCUCAUCUAUAUCUGGUCGUAUUCCAAAACCUGUCGAUAAAAAAAUCAAAUCUCUUAUACAACUUUACGAAAGAAACAUCACCUCAGUACUUGCUCAAUUUCCUAGUCAACAAAUAGCCGGAGUCAUUGACGGACACGCCGCAACACUACAAAAACGCACAGACCGUGACAGUUUCUUCCAGACAACCCAAGGCAUCGUACAACUAGUCCAAAGGUAUAGAAAUGGAAUUCGAGGUCGUAUGAAGUCUGCUGUCCACGAGCUGCUCAAGCAAUAUUAUGAAGUAGAAAGCCAAUUUCAACAUGGAAGUUACGAUAAAUGUGCCACUGCAUUGAGAGACCGUUACAAGGACGAUAUGGCCGCGGUGACUAACACUAUAUUUUCACAUAAACAAGUAGCAAAAAAAAACAUGCUUGUUACAAUGUUAAUUGAUCACUUAUGGUCUAACGAGCCCGGUCUCACUGACGAGUUGGCCGCUACGCUGAACGAAUUGACAUCUUUAAACCGCAGUGAACAUUCCAGAGUUGCUCUUCGAGCCCGUCAAGUUCUCAUUGCAGCUCAUCAACCCGCCUAUGAGUUGCGACACAACCAAAUGGAAUCUAUAUUUUUGUCGGCUGUUGACAUGUAUGGACAUGAUUUUCAUCCUGAAAAUCUUCAAAAACUUAUUCAAUCUGAAACCUCUAUUUUUGAUAUUCUUCACGAUUUCUUUUAUCACUCUAACCGCGCUGUGUGUAACGCUGCACUAGAGGUUUACGUAAGACGUGUUUACAUAUCAUAUGACCUGACAUGCUUGCAACACCUUGAACUAUCGGGUGAAAUACCAUUAGUACACUUCCAAUUUCUUUUACCGUCGUCCCAUCCAAAUCGUCAACGUCUGAAUGAAAGCAAGACAAUUCAAGCAAACGGUCCUGAAAAUCCGGAAUCGCCUACUAAAACACAGUUCCCGUACAUACCUACCUAUCAAAGAACUGGCUGCAUGGCGGCGUUUGAAUCGUUUAGUCAAUUUGAACAAUAUUUUGACGAAAUACUCGACAUAAUGGAGGACCUUUCUUCACCAGUGUAUAUUUCUCCUAAAAUCAUUGAAGCUGUGGAAAGUGGCAGUGAAUCUAGAUUGAGCUCCUCUCUUAAUGUCAGCUUGUCUCUUGGCGAUGGUCCUCCUCAAGAAAACCUACAAAUGGAACCAUGUCAUAUAUUGUGCAUAGCCAUGAAAGACACUGGUAAUAUGGAAGAUGACAAACUUGGCAAGAUGUACGAGGAGUUCUGUCAAAAACGGCGAGAUGAAUUGAAAAAACGAUCAAUCCGUAGAUUAACUUUCUUGGCGUUAAACAAGCGACAAUUUCCCAAGUUAUUCACCUACAGAAACUAUGAUAGCUUUGCUGAAGAUAGGAUUUACCGUCAUUUGGAACCUGGCAUGGCUUUCCAGCUGGAAUUAAAUAGAAUGCGUACCUACGAUUUGGAAGCUUUGCCUACAUCGAACAGAAAAAUGUAUCUGUACUUAGGAAAAGCUAAAGUGCCCAGGGGUCAAGUUGUGACUGAUUAUAGGUUCUUCAUUCGAUCAAUUAUUAGACAUCAAGACUUGAUAACUAAAGAAGCGUCGUUUGAGUACCUUCAAAACGAAGGUGAACGUGUAUUGUUAGAAGCGAUGGAUGAAUUAGAAGUGGCUUUCAGUCAUCCACAUGCCCGCAGGACAGAUUGUAACCAUAUUUUCUUAAAUUUUGUUCCCACUGUCAUUAUGGAUCCCGCUAAAAUUAAAGAGAGUGUCACGAAUAUGGUAAUGCGUUACGGACCACGUCUAUGGAAGUUACGUGUACUCCAAGCCGAGCUCAGAAUGACAAUUCGACCGACACCAACCUCAAAGACGUCUAAUGUCCGUCUGAGUCUUGCCAACGGCAGUGGUUAUCACUUGGAUAUUUGUCUGUACAAAGAAAUAACUGACUCCAAGUUGGGAAUUAUCAAGUUUGAAUCGUAUGAAUCAAAGCAAGGACCAUUGCACGGACUCGCAGUUUCUACACCUUAUGUUACAAAGGACUUCCUACAGCAAAAACGGUUCCAAGCCCAGAGCGCUGGAACUUCAUAUGUUUAUGACAUACCCGAUAUGUUCAGACAAAUGGUCGAAGUCUUGUGGCAAGAGUACAUUACUGAACAUCCAGAUGAUGGCGUUUUAAAGAACAAUCAAGUGUUUGAUUAUGUCGAGUUAGUCGUUGAAGACGAUCAUCUGAUUGAACAAAAACGUUUCUCUGGUGAAAAUUCUGCUGGUAUGGUUGCUUGGAGAUUCACAAUGCACACUCCAGAAUAUCCUAACGGCCGUGAUAUAAUUGUGAUUGCCAAUGAUUUGACUGUGAACAUCGGUUCAUUUGGACCACAAGAAGACAUAGUUUUCGAUUUAGCUUCAAAAGAAUCGAGAAGAAGAAAAAUUCCACGUAUCUAUAUAUCAGCCAACAGUGGAGCUCGUAUUGGUCUCGCCGAAGAAAUCAAGGGCAUGUUCAAAAUUGCAUGGGAUGACCCAGCCGAUCCCGAAAAAGGUUUCAAAUAUUUGUACUUGACUCCGGAUGAUUUCGGUAAAUUAGCUGGUCAAAAUUCUGUCGAGACAGAACUGAUUGAAGACGAAGGUGAAGCACGAUACAAAUUGACUGACAUUAUUGGCAAAGAUUUUGGUUACGGUGUUGAAAAUUUGAAAUUCGCUGGAAUGAUAGCAGGUGAGACGUCUCGUGCCUACCAAGAUAUUGUAACCAUAUCAAUGGUAACUUGCCGUGCCAUCGGUAUCGGAGCCUAUCUCGUACGUCUUGGUCAGCGGGUAAUCCAAAUCGACAACUCUCACAUUAUCCUUACAGGAUACAGUGCUUUGAACAAACUUCUCGGUCGUGAAGUAUAUGCUUCUAACAAUCAACUGGGUGGUAUUCAAAUUAUGUACAACAACGGUGUGUCGCACAAAACCGAAAGCCGUGACUUGGACGGUGUGUACCGUAUACUGAAGUGGCUCUCAUACAUUCCAAAAACAAAAGACUCGCCAGUACCUAUUGUCAAGUCGGUGGAUCCCAUCGAACGAGACAUUGAUUACGUGCCAACCAAAGUUCCCUAUGAUCCUCGUUGGAUGAUAGCCGGACGAGAAGACUCGAAUGGUCACUGGGAAUCAGGCUUUUUCGACAAAGGAUCGUGGGACGAAAUCAUGAGACCUUGGGCCCAAACUGUCGUAUGCGGAAGAGCAAGACUAGGAGGCAUUCCAGUCGGAGUUAUUGCCGUCGAAACAAGAACUGUAGAAGUGACGUUACCCGCUGAUCCGGCCAAUUUAGAUUCUGAAUCAAAGACUGUAUCUCAAGCUGGUCAAGUAUGGUUCCCCGACUCUGCUUACAAAACAUCACAAGCAAUAAAAGACUUUGCUCAUGAAGAACUACCAUUGUUUAUCUUUGCGAACUGGAGAGGAUUUUCAGGAGGAAUGAAAGACAUGUACGAACAAAUCAUGAAAUUCGGUGCAUACAUCGUCGACGAGUUGAGACAGUAUAAUCAACCAAUCAUUACAUAUAUUCCACCGUUCGGCGAGCUACGUGGAGGGGCAUGGGCUGUUGUAGAUACCACAAUCAAUCCUAGACACAUUGAAAUGUAUGCCGACCCAGACAGCAGGGGAGGCGUUUUAGAGCCAGAAGGUAUUGUCGAGAUCAAAUUCCGUGAAAAGGACAUCCUAAAGUCUAUUUACAGAAUCGACACGGAUAUACUGAGUUUGAAGGCCAAUUUGAACCCAAGCAUUGAAGAAGCCGAAGAAAUUGAGAAAAACGUCGCCGAAAGAGUGUCCGUGUUGAAGCCAAUCUACCAUCAAGUGGCAGUGCACUUUGCCGAUCUGCACGACACGCCCAAGUGUAUGUUGAGCAAGGGAGUGAUCAAAGACAUUGUGGAAUGGAAGAAAUCACGUAACGUAUUAUACUGGCGGAUGAAACGACGAUUGAUGCAAAAUCAAAUCCAGAAAAUUAUCACCCGCACCAACGAAAAUAUACCCGACGAAGUUGCCUAUGAAAUGCUCAGGAGAUGGUUUGUUGAAGAUAAGGGCACUACAGCUUCUUACCUUUGGGACAAUAAUCAAGCCGUCGUACAAUGGCUAUCUAGUCAAAUUGACGAUUCCGAGGGUACUGUUGUGUCCGAUUCUUUGAUUGGAAACAAUAUAAAGAGUGUUAGAAAGGAUGCGGUCAUUAAUCAAGUCAAAUCCACUGUUAAUGAUACGCCUGAAGUUACAUCAGAUGUGAUCAUGGAAAUGUUCUCAAGUCUGUCAGAAAUGCAGCGUCUUGACUUAAUACAUAAUUUAACGCAGGCGGCGACGAGCAUUGCAAGUGUGAAAUUAGACAGUUGAAUUUACCAAAAGCAGUUAUUGUUGUUAAUUUUAAAAUAUAUACAUUAUAUAAAACAAAAACGUAAAAUACAUUUAUAUAUAUUUAGCUUAUAUAUAUAUUACAUAAACGUAAUGGACUUUGCAUUAGUUAUUUCUCCAUGAUGAUUACUGAAAAAUGUUAGUUGAUUUUGUUAAUUUACGUUUCCACUCAAUUAUUUUUAAACUUAUAGUCUUAUUGGUAUUGAUUUUUAAGCAUAAUUUUUAUUUGAUCAUGAACAAAUUUAUCGCUCUGAACAGUUAUUCCUGCGUUGAGCGUAUCUACUUUCCUCUCUUUCUCUCUAUCUCUCUUUAUGGAACCUAUAAGAUUAUACAUUAAACUUUAUAUACAUAUAUAUAAAUAAGUAUAUAUAAUAUUUUGUUUUUUGUUACUUCUACAAAAUGUUUUUAUUGCUGAAGUAAUUUAUGUUUAUUGUAUAGGUAUAUUGUAUGUGUUAUUAUUAUUAUUAAAAUUAUUGAAAUUGAUUUGAA